AUAGGAAGAGCUGCAGAUAUGAGCGAGUGUCCGGUUUUACUCUCACGGCAACAAGCCGCGUGAACGACAGGACUCAUCUUUACUCCCACUUAUGUUUGACUUGACCCGUCGGUCCCUCUCCCGCCGAGACGGAGCAGCGCGCCGCUGGGACGAGGACAAAGGCUGAAAACAUGGAGGCAGACAGUGUGAGCAUAUGGCCACGCAUGGAGCCCUUCUUACUGGGUGCCCUGCAGGUGGCCCCCUCCUCCAAACUCAGCCUGCACUACCUUCGAAAGAUGGCGAUCUACGUGCGGACACGGGAGGGCUGCUUCCCCGUGCUGGGCUGGCCCAUGUGGAGGCACAUUGCCUGUGGGAAGCUACAGCUUCCAGAAGACCUAGCAUGGCUCUACUUUGAGACCUUUGACCUUCUCAUAGGACACACCCCAGAGGAGAGGCUAGAGUGGGCAGAGUGUCUCUCCCAGUGCUCUUCCAAAAGUGAGCUGGACCAACAAAGGAACAAGUUGUCUGUGGACACACUGCAGUUCCUCCUCUUUCUCUACAUCCAGCAGCUGAACCGUGUGUCUCUGCGCACCUCCCUGAUCGGUGAAGAGUGGCCCAGUCAUCGCACCCGCUCCCCCUCCCCCUCCCCAUCAGACCGAGAGGCCAAGACUAGUUCUCAGAACAAGAACUGGGACGAUCAGGCCCACCUGUCAUUUGUGCAAAGCCAUCUACCUGAGAUUCUGGAGCUGCUGGUGGAGCCAGGACAGCUGUCACAGUCUGGACAGGCCCUGAGAGACUGCCAGAUAUCCCUGGAGGCCGUGCGGAGCUUGGGCCUGCUCCUGGAGGGCUCCGUUUGCCGCAGCAGAGCUGUCCAGCCUGUCCACAGGCUGCUGACCAAAGGUCCACUUCAGACACAAGCUGGCUACUCCACACUCAGCCGCUCCUUCCCCCUGCACAAGCUGCUCUCCUGUCUCCAGCACAGCCUCACACUCAACCCCUUUGGGAUAACCGCCUGCCUGCGCUCAGGCAAGAAACUAGCCUGGGCUCAACAAGUGGAGGGGUCAAUGAAGAGAGCCAAAAUAGCCAGGAACACCCACAUGGCUCCACCUGGCAGUAAAAUGGUGCUGAUGUCCCAGGUCUUCAAACAGACCCUGGCUAAAACCUCAGACAAGCUGACGGGCGCCAACAUCAAAAUCCACAGAUGCUCAGAUGCCUUCAUAUACCUCCUCUCACCUCUCAGAUCAGUCAGCCUGGACAAAUGCCGUGACAGCACAGUGGUGCUGGGUCCUGUUGAGACCAGCGUCCACAUCCACAGCUGCCAGAACGUGCGGGUGGUGUGCGUGGCGGGCAGGAUUGCUGUUGGAGCCUCCUCACGUUGCACUAUCCAUGCCUUGACACCCACGCGACCCCUCAUCCUACCUGGAAACACAGACAUUACACUGGGACCCUUCCACACUUUCUACCCCUCCCUUGAGGAUCACAUGGCCAGUGUGGGCCUAGCUGUGGUCCCCAAUGCCUGGGAUCAACCCCUGCUUCUUGGGACCGAGGGCCUCGUCAACCCCUCACUCAACACGUCGUCCAACCCAGACCCCGCCUGUUACCGCCUGCUGCCCCCAGCUGAGUUUCACUCCCUGGUUGUGCCUUUCCAGAUGGAGGGCGACACGUGCGAAGUGCCCGGUGGUUUGCCGCCUCCAUACCAGGCAGCACUUGAUGAAAACCAGAAGAGAAUUCAGAACUGGCAGAAGACUGUGAUGGAGGCCCGGCUGAACAAGGACCAGAAGCGCCAGUUCCAGGAGCUGGUGGAAGUCAAGUUCCACGAGUGGCUUCUGGAAACGGGGAACAGGCAGGAACUCGACAGCCUUAUCCCGCCCGCGAUAGCCUCUUUAAAGGGCUCCAGUGAGCCUGUGACGGACACGCCCCAAGUCAAUGACGCCAAACAUGUUAGGAAUGGACGGGCAGUGGGACAGUCACCUAUGGCCUGCUGAACUGUUUACUCUCGCUUGGGUCUCAACCAGCGCAAUAAUUGUACCUGUAAAUUAGGACAGUAGGACAGUAUACAGAGACAGGCUACUUAUAGUAUUUGGAGCUCCUGUCUUAACAAACUGAGGAGACUGAGUAUUUCAGGCAUUAUUGUGCAGUAUUUUCUGGUUGUUUUCACCUUAUUCUGGCAAAUAUGGAGCUGCCAAUCCAGUUUUUACUGCAACUUAUGUCCCACUCAUUCUUGAGUGGAAAGCUGGGUUGGGCUGCUGUACAACUCUCUCUUAAGAAAAGGCAGCUACAGUUGAUACUUAAUGUGUCUAAGCCAAGGGGGAGUGGAUUGGCAUGUUGCAAAACAGCAUCACCGGCACGUGAUGCAUCUGUGAAGUCACCACCCGCUUUUAAAGGGACAUUUUGGAAAAGCGUAGAUUUGAGUUCACGGCUCAAUGUACUGUUCAGUAAAUCUAAAUCGCUGUGGAUGCACAUGUCGGCCACCACGACUGACUGUGACAGGCUGAGGAUCUAUCAGUCAGGCCCUAAAAUAUGUUCUCUUAGAACAUUUCAACUCUUAAAUGUAAUAAUAAUAAUAAUUCUCAGUUUGACAAUAGAACUCCACUUACUACCCAAUGUUUGUGUUUAAAAAAAAAAAAAGCCUUUGUGUAAACUCUGUAUAGUCAGAGAUGUUUUGGAACCAAACUGUGCCCACAUAUGUAAACUACAUGCUAUUUUCUCUAAAAAGUUAUUUUCAUUAAGGGAAGUUAACAUACACAUAUGAGCAUUUAAAGAUGAAGAAUGUAGAUGCAAAAAAGUUCAGCACUUUGGAUAUUAGGAACAUGUUAGUGCACCUACAGUUAGUAACUCAGGACAUAGUAUUUUUCUGUUAUUGGAAUAAGAAAAAAAAUAUAAAACAUAAUUUCUUUUAGGUAUGUAACUGCACCAUCCAAACAUAGAGGCUGAGUAACAGUACCUGCAGCUUCACUUCUUUCCGCAGGCUGAGUCUUUUAAGCAUGUUGGAUUUUUUUUUGCCAAUCCCCAGUUACUGUUUUGACAGUCGGUUUUUUCAGCAGCUGUCAGGAGGGAAUAUUUGUUCUGACAUCAGUGGCUGUGGUGUGGUUCACGCGCUUUUUGUUCUGCUCCGUCAUUUAUUAAGAACUUAAAUUUCUUCUGUAGAACAGAGAGAGCUGAUUGACUGACAAACAGGUCAGUUUUCAAUAGUCACCAGACAUGCUUCAGAUCCUAAAUGUUUAUUUUUGUAUGAAUUCACCUUAAUAAAUAUGUAUAUUUUAGCAUUAUAGUGCAUUUUUAACAAAUCUAAUUUGCCUCCUGGACCAGUCUUAGUAUCUAAUUUCUCCCUCUCUUCCACUCAUUACAGCCUGCUAACUGAGUUUUCACAGAAUGGAACAUACAUGACAUAAAACUGCUGCUUUUGUCUUCAAGGCAGCAUUUUAUUAAUUAUGGGAAGUUAAGCGAAGAUGGACUUGUUUAAAAAAAUGUACUGUUAAAAUGUUAUUUCAUGUUAGAAAACAUUAGUGUAAAAAAUUCAAAAUGCUGGGAUGUGGUUACACUGUAAAAUGCCUUACUGCUGUUGCUUACUUCAAAAACAAGCCCCUUAAUUUAAACACAUGCACCUCUAUGUAGCCAUUUUUGUACAAAGAGCACAAUUUAAUUUUGAUUAUUAAAAAAAAUGAAUAAAGCUUUUGACUGAA